AUGACGCAGGAGAUGGAGAAGAAGCAAGAGGAGGAGCAGAAGAAGAUGAAGAUUGCCAUCAUCGGCGGUGGUGUCAGUGGCUUAUCGGCUCUCUGGGUUCUGAACGAGUAUACGGCACAUGAGGUGCAUAUCUAUGAGAAAGAUAGCUGGUGGGGCGGACACGCGCAUACUGUCGGGUUUCAACAACCUGGUAAAGAACCGUGUCAAAUCGAUACUGCUUUCAUCGCCAUAAACGCCAAAAACUACCCCAACUUUCACCGCUUCAUAACAACCACCUCCCACGCCGUCGACCUCAUCACCACCACCAUGUCAUUCUCCCUCAGCCGGGAUGGCGGUGCCUUCGAGUGGGCUAGUACCGGAUUCAUGGGUCUUUUCUGCCAAGGUGCCAAUCUGUUCAAGCCGAGGGUGUAUAGAAUGAUGUGGGACAUUUUCCGAUUCCACAUAUUCGCCAAAGACUUUCUCUCUUCGCCUUCUUCCGCCGACGAGAGUUUCAGUAUUGGCGAGUACCUUGACAAAGAGCAAUACAGCCAAGCUUUCAAAGAAGAUUACUUGCUCCCGCUUACCGCCGGUAUAUGGUCCAUUCCUCCAGACAAAGUAGCGCUCGACUUCCCCGCCCUCGCCCUGAUCCGUUUCUUCCACAACCACCAAAUGCUCCAACUCUGGGGCCGCCCCGCUUGGCUGACUGUCAAAGGCGGAUCCGCCCGUUACGUCGAAAAGAUCAUAGAGAGGACUGAGGUGGGGAGGCUGCAUUUGGGGGAGGGGGUGCAGAGGGUUGUGCCGAGGGGGGAUGGGAGGUUUGGGGUGGUGGAAGAGGGAGGGGAGGAGGUGGUUUAUGAUAAAGUCAUCCUCGCAACCCACACAGAUCAAGCCGUCCAGCUGCUCGGCGAGAAUAUAAGCGAGGAAGAGAAAGAAGUCUUGGGUGGGUGUGAGUGGAGUCCGAAUGAGGCUGUUGUGCAUUAUGAUGAAGCUUUGAUGCCUGUGAGGAAAAGCGCCUGGACUGCGUGGAAUUACCUCACGUCGACGACGAACGCUGUUGAGCCGGGCCACGAAUCCAAGACGACCGCUUCGGACGUCAGCACCAUCUCCAUCACAUUCGACCUGAACGUCCUCCAGUCCCUCCCCAUCGCCAAACACGGCCACAUCUUUGUAACCCUCAACCCUCCCACUCCACCAUCGCCCUCCAAAACACUCUCCCGAUGGGUAUACCACCACCCCCUCCUCACCCCUUCUUUGCUUUCAGCGCAAAAGCGAUUACCAUCCAUCCAAGGUGUUCGCGGGCUGUACUUUGCAGGCGCCUGGACGGGGUAUGGGUUCCAUGAAGAUGGGUGGCGUACUGGGAUGGAGAUUGCGUACCGCCCGGAGUUUGGGAUACCUAAACCAAAGAGGCCAUGGGAGAUUGUCAAGGUUGACGGUCGGGAUAUCAAGAGAGAAGCGGGGGAGUGGCUCUUGAGACCGCUGGUCGGUGGGAUCGACUCGGCGUUCAAAGGGUUUGCGGGGUGGAUGUGGUGGAGUGCGGGGAUGUAUGUUUCUGUGAUUCAUAGGUUGUUUGGGGCGAAGAUGAAGAGUGCUUAG